UAUGCGAUGGAACAAACAACCCCAGUCUUCCCCUGGUCGAGGUGGACGAGUGACGUGGAUUUGCUAUCAUGUCUUGGAUUAUAUUCUGGAGAACCAUACUUGCUCUCUCUGUUGUAGUCUGGGUGUCUGCUCUGCCCAGCAAGCCUGGUGUGAAGGUAGUGGCAGACUUCUUCCAGGGCACCGGCGGCGUCCCUGGUUUCUUGGACCCACACAACUACAGGGACGAAUGUGAAAGUCAACUGCUGACCUGCGUCUCUAAGGAAGAUUGCCUCUCAUACACACCCGGUAAAAACUUCGAGGGCCACCAGUGUCCCAUUAACUUUAUAGCUCAUGAGGCUACUGCAUUUUCCAAUGUCGCAGUGAGAAGUAAGAGAUCGUACACACGCUCAGGUCGAAGAUUAUUGCAAUGGUCUUGGCACCAGAUCAUUCUACUUUCAAAGUUCUGAGGAAUGGGAAGAUUACUUGAAAGCCGUAACAAAGAAUAUCUUUGAGAUGCCAACUCAAAAGAUCCAUUGGACUGAUGCUUACUGGGAUGACCAAGAUCAUCACUGGGAGUGGAGGACCACCAGGCAAGAAAUACAAUGGGAAAGGAUACUGAAAGGUACAAAAUGCUACAUGAACAACAGGAAGGUUCUAGAUGAAGAGUCUGGUUGUCUGGGCUUCUCUUAUGAUGGAAGAAGUAAAUGCUUGAAGCUACACCAGUUAGACUGCCAGCUAAGUUUACCUUUCCUGUGUAAAGCAGGAGAACACCAAAAUAGAUGUGGGGAGAACAAGGAGACUUCAUGCUGCUUCUCUCCUACAUUUAACUAUUAUGCCCGCAAAUUAAAUGGUGGAGGCACUGGCACCAUCCACAGUGCCAAGAGUGAGUGUUGGGUCCACUUACAAGCUCUCAACAGAAUGAUAGAAUGUCGAAAAGCCCUAGAUGCCAUUGGGAGUCUAUGGCCUCUUCCCCAGCCUGUGAGGAUAGAUUCUUCCUUCUAUUAUUUCUCUGAAAACCGGUGUUUGGGUGAACGUAAAGCUGUCAUAACCAGUCCUAAAGUACACAACUUUAUAGUCCAUUACUUAAUGACCGAGGAAAUACCUGUGGCUCACAAGCACUUUAUUAUUGGCCUUAACUACGACAUCGACGAUGACAUCUUUGAGUGGGAAGAUGGCAAGAUUGGUAACCACUACAAUGGCACAUACUGGGCACAAGGUCAACCAGACAAGCAAAGCUGGACUCUUACAGCUGUGUAGCUUAUAGUAAUGUCGCCCCCAACACUUACUCCUGGCACUUAUUAAACUCUAAAACCUGCCUGGGAGACAAUGU